AUGGAGCCCCACAUGGAGAGCGCGCUUCGUCAAGGGUUGACGGAGCCGGAGCGGAGGGAGGUGGAGGGCGUGGUGGAGGAGCACCACACAUUCCCUGGGCGCGCCAGCGGGACGUGCACGUCGCUGGUCACACAGCGCGUGCAGGCGCCUCUCGCCGCCGUGUGGGACAUCGUGCGCGGCUUCGCCAAUCCCCAGCGCUACAAGCACUUCAUCAAGUCCUGUGCUCUCGCCGCCGGCGACGGCGCCACCGUGGGCAGCGUCCGCGAGGUCACCGUCGUCUCCGGCCUCCCCGCCUCCACCAGCACCGAGCGCCUCGAGAUCCUCGACGACGACCGCCACAUCCUCAGCUUCCGCGUCGUCGGCGGCGAGCACCGCCUCCGCAACUACCGCUCCGUCACCUCCGUCACCGAGUUCACGGACCAGCCUUCAGGCCCGCCCUACUGCGUCGUUGUCGAGUCCUACGUCGUCGACGUACCGGAGGGCAACACCGAGGAGGACACCCGCAUGUUCACCGACACCGUGGUCAAGCUCAACCUCCAGAAACUCGCCGCCAUCGCGACCACCACCUCCUCCUCUUCCCCGCCGCCGUCGGAUGAGCAAAGCUGA